ACAAAGCUCAUUUCAGCAACAGCCUACCAAGAGUUACCAAAAGCGGGCUUUUUGCGGGCUGCCAGCGUGUGCCGUGCGGAAGCAGCGCUCGCCCCGGCGUGUGCGCAGCGCGAAGCCGCGGGGAGCGUCUCUGCUACCUUACGACCCGUGGCGUCCGCGGCUUCGGCCUAAGCCCCGCAGGACGCUGUAGGAAGUUUCAAAUAAAAAUUUACAACGCCUGCAGGACUCUAGCUUUCAAACAACAAAGGAAAUGGGUUAUUACAAGUAUAUCAGCCAAAGAGCAGCCUUUUAAACAAACAAACAGGAAUAAACAAAACCCUUCUUUCUCUCCUUUUUUAACAGGAUGGUACUGGGGCAACAUGACUGUUGCUGAAGCCAAAGAGAGAUUACAGGAUGCCCCUGAAGGGACCUUCUUGGUUAGGGAUAGUUCACAUUCAGAGUAUCUACUGACUAUUUCAGUAAAAACAUCAGCGGGACCGACCAACCUACGUAUAGAAUAUCAAGAUGGCAAGUUUAGACUGGACUCUAUCACUUGUGUCAGAUCUAGACUUAAACAGUUCAACAGUGUUGUGCAUUUGAUUGAGUACUAUGUUCUUAUGUGCAAGGACAGAACCGAAACACCUUCAAAUGGAACAGUUCAUCUUUAUCUGAACAAACCUCUCUAUACGUCUGCUCCAUCUCUGCAACACCGAUGCAGAAUAACUAUAAACAAAUGUACAAAUCAGAUCUGGGAGCUGCCAUUACCAACAAGACUAAAAGAGUACUUGAAAGAGUACCAAUACCAGGUAUAACUAUCUUUUCUAAAUGCCUCUAAUGUGGAGUAACUUUUAAAUGCAAUUCUUAAAAUCAGCCAAAGAACUGAGUAACCAGUUGUACAACUCAGCAUGGAAUUCACUAUCAAAACAGUUACAGUUCUGGGGGAAAGGUUUUUAUUUCAGAUGCCACAAAGGGAGACUUUAUGUAGAAUAAUCCCAGC